AUGUACAGACGGACGUCCAAUAUGGUUGGUUUGAGCUACCCACCAGCUGUAAUUGGAGUGCUAAAGAAUGUAGACAAGUGGUCCUUUGAUGUAUUUGCACUAAACGAUGCCAGUGGAGAUCAUGCACUGAAGUUCAUUUUCUAUGAACUUCUCACGCGCUAUGAUCUGAUCAGUCGUUUCAAGAUCCCCAUUUCUGCCCUGGUGUCCUUUGUGGAAGCUCUGGAGGUUGGAUACAGCAAACACAAAAAUCCUUAUCACAACCUAAUGCAUGCUGCCGAUGUGACACAAACAGUCCAUUACCUCCUUUUCAAGACAGGUGUAGUGCAUUGGUUGACAGAGCUGGAGAUCUUCGCCAUGAUCUUUGCAGCUGCUAUCCAUGAUUAUGAACACACAGGAACCACCAACAAUUUUCACAUCCAAACACGGUCAGACUCAGCCAUUCUGUAUAAUGACCGAUCUGUGCUUGAAAAUCACCAUGUUAGUGCAGCAUAUCGUCUUUUACAAGAUGAUGAAGAGAUGAAUAUUUUAUCUAAUCUCUCAAAAGAUGACUGGAGGGAGUUCAGGGCUCUGGUGAUUGAGAUGGUGUUAGCCACCGAUAUGUCCUGUCACUUCCAGCAAAUCAAAGCCAUGAAGAAUGCUUUGCAGCAGCCAGAAGGAAUUGACAAGCCGAAAGCCUUAUCACUGUUGUUGCAUACAGCAGAUAUCAGUCAUCCAGCCAAGGCCUGGGACCUCCACCACCGCUGGACCAUGUCUCUGCUAGAGGAGUUCUUCAGACAGGGUGACAAAGAAGCAGAGCUAGGGCUUCCCUUCUCUCCGUUGUGUGAUCGGAAGUCCACUAUGGUUGCUCAGUCUCAAAUAGGUUUCAUUGAUUUCAUCGUGGAACCCACUUUUACUGUGCUGACUGAUAUGACUGAGAAGAUUGUGACACCGCUCAUAGAUGAAGCUUCCCGUUCUGGCAUGUCUGGGUUCAGACGUUCCAGUCUGAAUAGCAUCAGUCCCUCUGAAGUUAAGAGAUCAAGUGUCAAGAGCACUGGGUCAGAAGGAAGUGCCUCACUCAACUGCUCCAUACUCACUGUGGACUUCAAAUGUUUUAAAGCCACCUGGACUGAGGUGGUGCAGCAGAACCGGGAGAAAUGGAAAGCACAAGCCACCAAAGAAGAAAAAGCUAAGAAAGAAGCAGAGGAAAGUGUUCAUCAGGGAACAGAUGAAAAGAAAACAGAUGAAAAGGAUGAGAAGCCAACUGAAGAUGCCACAGCAGCAAAGACGGAGAACAGCAAAGAACCAAAUCCUGGGGAAAACAAAAGUUCAGAUUCCAGUGAAAAUUCCCACGUAAAUGGGACUGGGCAAAUUGGAGUGACCAGACACGAAGCCUCUCAAGGAAAAAGCGUUCCUAGGACAGAUAAGGGAAUGGAUUCUCAUCACACAUCAAAGGAAGAGAAACGUGUCCAGAAUGGUGAAAUAAAGGAAGACAGUAUGGCAGACAAAAAAGAUCAAUCUAGUGUGGGAAAUGAAUCAAAGAAAACAGAUGAUACAGAAGAGUAAAAAUAUAUUAAAAAAAAAAAGAGACUGCACAUUUCUUUCAUCAUUUUAGCCGAGCUUCUUCAUUCCUGUUCUCCUCCUCCUUCCGCAAAGACCAGUUUCCGGGGAAGGCGUUAAACAACUUCCAAAACACUCCUCCUCCCACUGGCUAUUUCACAGCUAAUGACUCUGGGCUCUAGGGUGGGGGCAUUGGUUUUUGGGGUGUGAUCUAGUUUUGUUUGUUCAUGUUUGUGUGCAUUUGUUGUUGUUUCGGGAAGUUGUUUUGUUUUAAAAAAAUCUGGUGAUUUUCUGAUGCAAUUGGUUCAAUUUUAUGGACAGGUGGAGCACACAGACGAGUCAUCUUCAAAAGCUGGUACUGCCCUUUGCUGUUAUGCCUCAGCUUGCAAAAUCACAAUAUUAAGAUGUUGCAAAAGAACCUAAGAAAAUGAGACUGUAGUAAUACUUCACUGGAUAAUAUUUCCCUUUUAUUGUUUUUGCUUUUCCCCAAGAGAUUUUUCCAAUUGGUGGUAGACAGAACUUGACGUCCGUUUUACCCUUGCUGUAGAAGAUUGUAUGCGUAAGAAUGUUGAAUUUGUAGUCAAGUUGCCAUUUGCUUAUCACAGACAAUGCAACGAUAGCAAAAUGCUUUUGUUUCGAAACAGAAGUAGGCAGACUCACUCAACCCUUGAUUUUAUAGUGCAUUUGCAGUUAGUAAAAGGAGAGAAAGAAUCAAUGAAAGUGAUAUUCCUUUGGGGCAAAUUUUGUCAGCCUCUGAGAGCACGUACUAAUGUACUGUUUGAGGUACCUGACUUAACUUGGGAUUACAGAUAAUGAGCAGUUUCCCACAUCUGCUCGUUGGCUACCAGUAACUACUUUGUCUGUCCUGAAGGCCUAAGAGAAGAAGGGCAGCGGGGAAUCACACGGAACGAUUCUUACCUUCAUCUCAGUGUGAUACUUCUUUCAUCACUGACUGAAUGGACAGGCCAAAGGAAGGAAAAGUGUGGCUGGAGAAGUAGAGACAAAAACAAAAUGAAGACGUGUGUCCUAAACACAUGCCUGGAGUCGGUGGAUAAAGCUGUCUCAUCCAGUAGAGUCAGACACACGGACAGUAGCCAUCAUUUUGGCCUAUUUCAGGGAAGAAAUGCUGACAAACCUCCUCACUCAGGCUUCGAUUCAGGAGGGUAUAUUUUUAUGAGAAACAGCAAAUGUUUGUAAGUGUUUUUCUGCCUUGGAAUCUUAGUAAGGAUCCAUUUAACUGUGCGCAGUUUUACCUGUCUUUUGGAAACCGAGGCACACGUAUUUACACAUACAGUUGUUUUUGCCUAUCUCCUUUUUAUUCAGGAUAAGGUUGUGCUGUGUUAGUCAUAAAUGUAUUUCACAAGGAAUCGGAUGGCAGUCAUGGCUCUAUGCUGUGUAGAGAACGUGUAAACACUGGCUUAGGAAGGCAGUUCUUUGGCAUUUCUUUUUCAUAUUCAGAAGCACAGGACUUCACCACCAGCCUAUAUUAGAGCUUGGUUCUCUGUUCCUGCUUAAGCUGUGUACGUACAAGGGCCGAGCUUCACCUAAAGCUAGCAAACAUCACAGCAGUUAGCUCAGCCUAAAUCUGCAUUUGAACGUGAGUACCUUCUCACUCAGGAGUGUUUGUAUUUGAGAUUUUAGUUAUUGAGACUAGGGACAUUUUGAGUUCUCUUUUUGGGCACCAUGUGGUGAAAGCCAGAGACUUAGAUUAGGUUCA